CCAUAUAGUGAUCUGUGUAUUACAGUGAUAUCAAUAAUAAGUGUUACUUGUGCUGUGCUAUUCUGUGCUCUGUGUCCAUACGUGUUCACUGUUCACCACGAAACCAUUGGGGACAUCUGCAGUUUCUCCGAAAUGCAAACGCCAAUAAUCGCCAUCAUCGCCGCCCACGUACUAAUGUGAGUCGAGCAUUUCGCCUUAUCUCAAAGUAAACAAUCUCAUCCGGUCUCACCUUUUAAUAUGCCUGUUGAUAAAAUAAGCCCAGAGUCUGUCGAGCAAUCUCCGCUCUUACAAAAGGUAACAAUAAGGAAAGAAUCAAAUAUUGAAAUGGAACUGAGUGUCUUGUUCAAAUUUGUGAAGCCAUACGACGGGUGUCGCGAAACGUUAAAUUCAUUUCUAAUAAACUGUGACAAUGCCAUUUUAUUGGCCAGUGACGUUCAAAAACCGAUUUUACUUAAGUUUAUACUAUGUCAACUAAAAGGUAAAGCGGAAAUUGCUUGCUCCAUAAAGGAUUUUACCUGCUGGUUGCAAUUAAAAGAUUUCCUCAAAGAACAAUUCUGUGAGAGGAAACAUUACUCACAUCUACUAGCAGACCUACAAGAGAGCAAGCAAAGCCCGCUCGAAAAUGUCAGCCAAUUCGCGCUUAAGGUGGAGACGUGCCUGUCACAACUCUUAACGGAGAUUUCACUAACCAAUGCCGAACCGGGUCAGUUAGCCGGUCGGACUGCAGCCAUGGAGGAUCUUGCUCUCCAUCAUUUCACAAUGGGUCUACUCCCUCGCAUAUCCACGAUAGUGAGAUGCAGGUCUCCAAAAACCUUAAACGAAGCUAUCAAUAUAGCUGUAUCCGAGGAGCGUAUUCAACAAACUCUGUAUAGGAGGUCCCAGCCUGCCGAGAACAAAGGUAACAAAUCCAGGAAUUCAUUUACAUCCCUUCAGAAACCGAGUUUUGCGCAACGACCCGCUAACUCUCAAACCAAUGACACGUCUUCCAAAUCCCCAGUGAUUUGCAGAUACUGCAAAUCCGAAGGUCACGUUCUAAUGAAUUGCAAAAAACGUGAAUACAAUAAUAGCCGUUAUCGUAACCCUCAGGCACAAGCACCGGCUCGUAAUCUCAACUCAUUCUCUAGACCGGGCCCCAGUCGCGUAAAUUUCAUGCAAGAAGAGAAUAUCGAGUCUCGUGAUGAGGUAGACACUGGUUCUGAAAAUGAUUAUUCCCCAAAUCAUUUAAACGAAUAAAGGUCCCGUCUUGGUGUCGUACGGGACACCAAAAAUUCAAAAUCGAUGCCAAACCCUCUGUAUCCAUGUCAAAAUCCUAUGCAUCCGUGUUGGGACGUGCACCCGUGACAAAUAUCUCUGUAUCCGAGUCGAAACCCUCUGUAUCCGUGAAGAAAACCUCUGUAUCCGACUCAAAACCCUCUGUAUCUGUGAAAAAAACCUCUGUAUCCGAGUCGAAA